GGUUGCUAGCUGGGCAGCGUUGAAAGAAAACCACUUUGCUAAGUGGUUUUCUUCCCAGAGUAUUCACCAGCUAAAAGGCCAGACGGGACGGUUGGGACGCAGGCUAGUGCAAAACGUGACUAUUUUUGCGAUAACUGCUACACAAAAGUUCCAGCGGGGCUAAACACCUCAGCGGCUAACAUUACAGUAGCGGUGGACAGGUGCAGCUCAUUAACUCUCCUCCUCCACUUCCCCCGGUAGCUUUUACCUCGACUGUUGUCACCGCUUCAUUUAGGAUUUACAAGGGCAGGGGAUUCUUAAGCCUACUACAUUAAAACUUUUCUUGACUGCCACAUGAGAAAACUAGUUUUCCAUUCUCGCUGAACACCAUGGAGCCAUGUUUACCUCACGGAAGGCCCAGUUAGUGCAGCUGGCCUUCGAGAGAGAAAGAGAGAGCGAGAGAGAACUUCAAGAAGAGCACUAAUGACUGGAAAAAUGUUAUCUCAGCGCAGAGUCUCGCCGCCUUCAGCUAUUUUAAAGGACCAUUAUGUUCAGAAAAAGCUGCAGUCACUUGAGAUCCGCUUUCUUCCCGCCCUGGUUGUCUGUCUGCUUGGCAUGCACUGCCAGUCUCUUGAGCACGGAAUUGAAAUACGUGCGAGGGAUGCAGGUGACGUCAGCCGAUCCACAGACCAUCCACAAGGCUGAGGGAGAGAGCGUGACUUUGGGCUGCAGUUACACACUGAGCCCUUUUGACACCGGCAAAAUUGACAUUGAAUGGUCUGUGGUCAGUCCAGACACCACGCAGAAAGAUCAGAUGCUCUUAUCCUAUACCAGUGGCACUACAUAUGUCCAUGGCAACCACGCUCUUGCAAAAGGGCUCAGCUUUGCUGCGCCUGAUCCCUCAUUGGGUGACGCUUCAAUCACAAUCGCUCUGCUGUCAUCUGCUGACAGUGCUACCUACCAGUGUAAAGUGAAGAAAUCCCCUGGAGUGGACAUGCACAAGGUGUCACUGGUGGUAUUGGUGAAGCCGUCAGUGCCUAAGUGCUGGGUGGAGGGAGGGGAGCUGGUUGGCGAGGCUGUGUCUCUGCACUGCAAGUCUGCAAAAGGCUCCACUCCCUUAAAAUACACAUGGAGGAGAGAAAGUGCUGGCCCCAUCCCUGCUACAGCCACACAGAACAGCGUGACUGGGGAGCUAAGAAUCAGCAACCACUCGCAGAGCUUUGCAGGAUUCUACCUUUGUGAGGUGAAAAAUGCUGUUGGAGCCGAACACUGCAGGAUCAACCUGAAAGCAAACAAACCUCCGAACAGAGCAGGGGUCAUAGUCGGCACCAUUGUGGGUUCUCUCCUCCUCAUCUUCAUCCUGCUGGUCUUCACUGGGCUUCUAUACUGGAAGUUGAGCAUCAGACAUCGCUAUGAGAAGGAGUUCUCCAAUGACAUCAGGGAGGACGCUCCGCCUCCUGAGAGCUGCCCAGUCAGUUGCGUUACGAGCCGGAGCGCCAGUCAGCACCCACAGGUUACUUACUGCCAGGUGGGCAGGACCGACAUAAGCUCUUUGAAUGAUGGACGCACACUCACUCCCUCCAGCAACAGCCACGGACACACACCGGCCAAAUACACAGCAGUCGAAUAUGACAGCAAGUACGGAUACGCAGUGUGACAAUCAACAACAGAGCUGAACUGAGAACGAUUUUGCUUUCAUUGUAAUGUUUCAAAAGACGCUUCAGGGCAGUUCAGACACUUGAAACUUAAAAUCUGGAGCAGCAGGAGUCUUGGAUAGAGUCUAAUGAAUUCAUAGCUGUGCCAUGUGAUGAUUUUGUAAAGCAUUUUUCAUGUUAACGUCUU